AUGGGAAAUAUUGAGGAUAAUAAUUCGAAAAAAAAGAAAUCUGGAAUUUCGGCUUCAUAAUUUGGAGAUAUUUUUAUUAAAACUGAUAAACAAUAUUAUUUCUCAGGUGAAGUUGUUUAUGGUAUAAUUGAUAUUUAAAAUUAUGUAGGAAAUAUCUAUUUAAAUGUAGUAAGGGAUGGAUAUCCAGGAUGUAUUGUUUAUUUGAAAGUUUCAGGCAAAGAGAAAUGCAAAUGGACAGAAACAAAAACACGUACAUCAACUGAUGAAGAAGGUAAUACUUCCGAAAGCACAAUUACUCGUACAUAUACUGGGAAGUCAAAUAUUUAUUAACAUAAGUUGGAAUUGCAUAAUUUUUAAACUCCUUCACUACCAUAAGGUUAAUUUGUUUUUCCUUUUUUAUUUUAACUUUUCUCUCAUCUACCUGGUUCAUUUUAUGAAAAGGAUUUAGCAUAAAUUAGCUAUAAAGUGAAAGCUGUUGUUUUAUCUAAGAAAUCCUCUUAUAAUUGUAUUAUUAACAGUCAAAGAUUAAUCAUAAGAGAACCUAUACGAUAAAAUAAAAAACCUUUGAUUGGUCAAAUGUAGGUACAUUCCCAGAAUUGUUGUUUUCCAAGUGAUGAAGUAUUAAAUACAUUCUAUUUAUAGGCUUGUCAUGUAAAUUGUAGUAUUGAUAAACUUAAUUAUCUUCCAGGAGAUGCAGCAUAGUUAGAAAUUACCAUUGAUAAUUCAAGCUUAGAUGAACAAGUGAAUUCCAUUUCUAUACUUUUAUUGAAUACUUUGACAUUAACAGAUGAUAAAGGUCAUUAAAAGAUCUAAAAUGGAAUUGUUGUAUAGAAAGUGAUAUAAGGAGUUCCAUCAAGAGGUAAGGAUAAAAAGAAUGUACAGUUUAUUUUGCAAAAUAAUAAAUCACCUUAAGAAUUAUAACCAUCAGCAAAUGGCCAUUUAGUCAAUUCAGUUUAUUCAUUAUAGAUUAAGAUUAAUUUAGAUUGUAUAAAACUUUUAUAUUUUAGCUGAUUCAUGCUGUUGUAAAGAGGAUCCAUCAAUUAAUUUUCCUAUUUAGAUUGUUGCUCAAGUGCCUAAGUUAAAUCCAAUUGUAGAAGAACCUCCUAAUUGGAAUCCUUAAGUUUUUGAAGUAUAAAAGGUCUAUCUUACUGAUAGAAAUAAGGAAAAAGUUGAUAAUUAAGAUGGAUCAAAUGCACAAAAUUUUAAGUUUUAAUCUUAUAAUAGAAAUUAAAUAUAGGUUAUGUAGUAGCAAAUGAAGGAAUGA